UUAGUUCCCUGUUGGCAGCACCACGAAGUCCUCCUUCCUGGCCUCAACAUACCCUGCUGGCCGCCUUCAACGACUACAUGCGCUGCUUGCAUGUUGUGGGGUUGUAGCUUAGUGGAAAUGUUGAAAACUCACUGCCUUUUAACUUAGACUUUGAAACUUGUACAUAACUGGGAUAUUCGUGGUGAUAAAGAGGUGCGGACUGUUUGCCUUGCAGAAAAAUCACAACAUCCGGAACGCCGGAAAAUUGUCGAUUAGAUCAUUUCAUAUUUACCAAUACAAGAAAAGUAUUCACGGACGGCAAGAACAUCGCCUUCAAGAUGAAGAUAAUAAAGUGCAUAUUAUUGUUGACCUGCGCAGUAGCGAUUAUAUCUCCAGGAUGCUGCGCACUGGCCAACACAACCACCCAGACCUCCAUUACUAUCGACAACAGAUCUAAUAACUCAAAAAUAAGAGCAAACAACGAAAACAAUAACCUCCAGGUCUCCAGCCCCAUGCCUUUCGUCGACAGAACCUCUAAUAAAAAUGGCUUGCUUACCAAUCCCAUGAACAUCAACGGGUUCGGUAACAACAGCUUGCUUGCCAAUCACUCAAACAUCGUAGCAGCCAAUGAAACCCACGCCCAUAAACCCAAACUGGAAAGGUAUCCUGUGGCUGUCGUCAACUUUGCAAGGGUUGAGAUGCCCUUCAUCAUCGGCCUGUGGAUCUUGUACGCAUGUAUCGGCAAAUUAGGAUUCCACAUGACGCCGAAGUUGUCCCAUGUGUUUCCGGAGUCGUGUAUGUUGAUUGUGUUGGGGGUGAUCAUCGGCCUGCUACUCUUCUACACCCAAGCCGCCUCCGUCUCCCCCCUCACCGCCGAUGUCUUCUUCCUCUACCUGCUGCCUCCUAUCAUCCUCGACGCCGGCUACUUCAUGCCCAACCGCCUCUUCUUUGACCACCUAGGCACCAUCCUCGUCUACGCUGUCAUUGGCACCAUCUGGAACGCCUUGACUAUCGGUAUCUCCAUGUACGCAGUGAACCUAACUGGGCUCUUCGGCAUGGAUAUCCCCAUCCUGCACAUGCUGCUCUUCUCCUCCCUUAUCUCCGCCGUCGACCCCGUCGCCGUGUUGGCGGUGUUCGAGGAGAUCCACGUCGACGAGGUCCUCUACAUCCUGGUGUUCGGCGAGUCUCUGCUCAACGAUGGCGUCACUGUGGUGCUGUACCACUUGUUUGAGGGUUACAACGAUCUUGGGGAAGACAACGUGCAGGUAAUUGACAUUGCCUCCGGGAUAGCAUCCUUCCUCCUGGUGGCCCUCGGUGGCACCGCCAUCGGGAUCAUCUGGGGCUUUCUCACCGCCUUCGUCACAAGGUUCACCAGUCAAGUGAGAGUGAUCGAGCCCAUCUUCGUGUUCGUCAUGUCCUACCUUGCAUAUCUUAAUGCUGAGAUCUUCCAUCUCUCUGGGAUCUUGUCCAUUACCUUCUGCGGUAUAACCAUGAAAAAUUAUGUGGAGCAGAACAUCUCGACCAAAUCACACACAACUAUAAAGUAUGCCAUGAAGAUGUUGGCAUCAUCAGCGGAAACCAUCAUCUUCAUGUUCUUGGGUGUUUCCACUGUCCAAAGCAAGCAUGAGUGGAACACCUGGUUUGUCAUCCUAACCAUCGUCUUCUGCUCCAUAUACAGAAUAAUGGGUGUCUGGAUCUUCAGUGCAAUGUGCAAUCGAUUCCGUGUCAAGAAGGUCAACUUUGUGGAUAAAUUCAUCCUGUCAUAUGGUGGGUUAAGAGGUGCUGUAGCCUUUGCCCUAGUUCUGACUGUCAACGUUGAACACAUCCCUAGCCAGCCCAUAAUGCUUACUGCCACCAUGGCCAUGGUCUACUUUACUGUUUUCCUGCAGGGUAUUACCAUUAAGCCGCUAACAGUGAUGCUGGGAGUGAAGAAAGCAAAUAAGCGUACGCUCACCAUGAAUGAACGCCUCCACGAGAGGACAAUGGAUUACAUUGUAUCAGGCAUUCUAGAUAUAACAGGCGGGCAUGGAAACCUCAGCUUCAGGAACAAAUUCAAGAGGUUCAGCAAUAAAUACCUGACACCGUUUUUAGUUCGUGAGAAGAACGUAAUGGAGCCUAAAUUCAUAGAAACAUUUAGCCAGAUCAAGAUGCAGGAGGCUCUUCAUUACAUGGCCACCAGUGGCAAUGCAGGCAACAACAUCGAGUCAUUUACCAAUUUAUUACGAAAUGCUGCAAGUCAUCCAAACCUCCUCAAGAACAGCCAAGGUGAAUGGAACCUUGAUGUUGGAGAAUUAGAAUAUAACCCUAAUGUACGGGACCUCAAUGAUGCCAAAUUCCACCAUCUUCUGUCCAGCGAGUACACUGCUGUCAAGCGGCACCGUGGUUCGACGUACAAGAGGCAUGCUGUGAAGGAUGACGACAUGCAGACGCAGAUGGACGUUAACCACCACAACAUGUAUCUCCAUACUCGGCAGUUUGUCAGCACCAUCAGAAAGCAGAGCAAGAGAAACAAAAAGGCAACAGAGAAUGGUGUAGUGAAGGAUGUCAAAGCUGUAGAGGAUGCCAGGGCAGCUUUCCAACAGAAUGGUUCUGCUAUUAAACUGCAAAGUGACUACAUGGAACACGUGUUGAGAGACAACCCUGCUUUUGUAGACGACGAUGGCAGGACCCCAUACAUUAGAGAUAACACUACUGCUAAAAAUUCAAUACGUGGCCCUACAGAAGCAGAAUCAGCAUUACCAUGGAAAAGAUACUCUGAAGAGGAUGUUCCCACAUCUGCUCGGAAAGUACAACGGCAACUGAGCAUCGUUCCAGACGAUGGCACUACCACACCCACAAUGGCUGAAGUUACACUUCCCUGGAAGCGACCAGAAGAUGAAGAGAUCUGUGACCGACCACGCCGUCAGUCUGAAUUCCCUGCAUGGGCAUCCAAUAAGGAAUAUGUUUGCUAUUAUUCUCCUUCUAAUACUUUCCUUGGUGGCAUAGGAACUCAUGACUCGUAUCCAAAUGUACGAGAAAUUUUCGGAAGACGCAGCAGCAGCUCUUCAUUAUCUUCCCGUCGUGGAUCUUUGAAAGAUCCCCCUAAUGUUCUCAGAGAGCGGUCUGCCUCGCGAGGUUCUGUCAAAGAGAUAGCUCAUCGGGGCUCUCUGAGUGAAUGUACCUCACCCACAUCACCUCUAAAUCAGUCUGAUAUGUCUUUGCAUACGCGUCGGCAUUCCUAUACAGGAGAACAUUCCCUUCUUAAUACUACAAUUGCAGAAGAGGAAGGACGGCGGUGUGAUACAGUAAUUGAAAUGAAUCCUGAUGGAGAACGGGAACAAACGCGAAUGUAGUCUGUGCACUUGACAGACAUACACAAAUUUUUGUAACUGUCCUUAUAAAGGUAAAAUUAGUAAAACGUUUAUCUUUUAGUGUUAAAUGUAGACAAAGAUUUUAUGUUCUGAUGUAUUUUAUUGGAAUGUAUAAGUUUACUGUAUUCCAAGAUAAUGCCUACCUUGCCUAAUGCCUAUAUUAAGUUUUGGGCACUACUUCUUAGGGCAAAUGUAUUAUAUUAGUUUUUGCAGUGCUAUUUCCAGUAGUAUACUGUAUCCAGACCCUGGCAAGUGCUAGAUAUGGUGCCUAGUUUUUUCAAUGGUCAGGCCAAAUGUGCUGGUUACAUUAUGUUCCGUAUCCAAAUGGUGCAGCAUCUUAUAGGCUGGUAUUGCAUUUUGAUCAGUGAACUAGACAUGAGCCUUACUUUAUAAUUAAAAUUGUCAUUAGUCAAAUAUAUAGGCCUAAUGUCUUCAUAAACAUUAUACUUCCUAUGUAGCCUGCUGGCCAAUGUACCUAAAAUAGUUCAUGGGUGACAAUAUUUUGAUUACAGUAGAUGUAUUUGCAUAAUUUGUUUACAAAUAAUGAUUACUGGUACUUUAUUGCAUUUUAUACAUUCUUAUGCAUUAUAAAUUGUAGCAAAUGCAAAACAUUAAUUUUUUAAACCUCACCCUCAAAAUUGUUAACAUUAUUUAUACUUUGUUUCUUGCUCAUAUAAAAAGUUUUAUUUAGUUGUCUGUAUGGAUGAGUUAUCUAUUGGCCAGUGUCCCCAUAGUGGCUGUAGUAGGAACAGGAAGAUUGUGGCUAAAAUUGUGAAGGGGGAUAAAAAGAAUCAAACCAGAAGUCACCUUCUUUACCAGGAUAGGACUGAAGGCUCAGCGGCAGACACUGUUUCAAACAAGGCACAAUAGAGCUGAUCAUCAAGAAACGUGCAGGAUAUUGAACAGGUUCAAUAAGUUAAACUCUAAACACGUUUUCAACAUGUAUAAGAGAAUGUUUUCAAGAAUGCUAAGGCACAUUGUAGAAUUGACGACAGGAUAUCCUUGUAAAGAGCAAGUUAAGAAGCAGUCUAAACUUUCCAAAGCAAGGACAAUGCUAAUUUAAAGCAUACCUAGACAAAAUCAUUGGACAAAAUAGGGGACCCUUCACAAGCCAGGUGCUUCUGUGUUUCCAACAAGGCCAUUGGAGAGGGUGACCAACAGAUAAAUGCAGGUGAAUUUUGUUUUAACGUUUUUAAUAAUCCAUAUCCCUUUUUAUAUUUUGCUCAAGAUUAAUACCACCUUGCAUGCCGAGGCAACUGCUACUUGAAGUUGAUGCUAAUUUGACAUUUUUGUGUUCAGAUUUGAAGGAGUACUUAACUGCUGUAUAUAUUAUAGAUUUAUUAAUAUGUACUGUACACAUUACAAUACUUUCUCAUUUCUGCCUUAUAUUUACAAAUUGUAAAAGUAAAGCCUGUCUGAGACAGGCAGCCUUUUAGUCUUAUCAAGGUUUCCCUAGUUAGGGAAGGAGGUUGUCCAAGUGGUCAUCCAUCCAGUGCCUACCUUAACCUGACUGAUCGAUAUGUACGUCAUCCACUGCACUCUACACACAGACUAUGCUUGUAUUUAAGCUAUAUUUUCAUCUUUGUAAUGCAUUUCCUGUAAAAUUAGAUUAUAUUUUCAAGCUUUAAACGACUUUAUAUUUAAUUUCUUCAGCUAAAAGAUUCUGAAAUGGUUUGAAGAAACAUGCGUAUUAAUCUGGAGCAUGGUGGGAAAAAGUGGCCAAAUAUUUAAUGCAUAUAUAAGAUACUAUGUAUGAGAUGCUGGGCUUUGCUUUACUCCCACACAUGAGGCAAUUUUUUACAUAGUUACAGUAUCUCUUGGCUGCUUUUGUGGCAGUAUUAUCAAAUUUGUCCCCAUGUGUGGUGAUUAUGCCAAGUUAAUGUUUUGAAACCAUUUCUUACCAUUAUGGUGGCAACCUGGGUGAGGCGUUAGCUAGUCCUAAGUGAUUUUACUGCUAAACCACUUUGUGCUUUACUAAUAUUCCACAAUGUUAAGAGACUAAAUUAAGUCAACACUAUAGAGGUACCAAAAGCUAGACAUUCCAUUGUAGAAAGACCCUUUGUCUUGUGUUUUAAGUUUUUAUGUGUGCUUUUGCACACAUAAAAAUGUUUAUUUAUAUAUACACAUAUAUAUAUUGAUGAAUACGUGUAGGGACAUCUCGAGUGAUCUGGUGUUAUCAUCACUGACAUAAGAUGAGUCUACUUGUAUUUUAUCCAUUAAAUGCAGGCAAGGUUUUGUUGAAUAUCUGUAUUGAUACAGAUCAAUGCAGAUGAUACUCACUUGGAAAUAAUCUUUGAUGUACUGUAAUAUAAGAUUAUACAUUUGUUUUUAAAUUUUAUCUUAAAAUUGUUUUAAGUUGUAUAAGUUUGAAUGUUUAGUUAAAGUUGGAUGAUGCAUUUGCAAAAUACAAUCAAAUAUUUAUAAUAACCAUUCCCUUCUGUUGUAAUUUACAGAUUUCAGUUUAAUAUUUUUAACUGGUUAUAUUUGCCCAUUUCUUAGAUCUCAUAAUUGGGAUUGCAUGCCAGAUAUAUUAAUAAUGAUUAUUUAAUUAUUCAUUACAUAUUUGUCCACUAUUUUCAUUUUGUUACUGGCAUUUUGACCCUAAUAUUUUUGCACUGUACUAAUAUCAGUGAUAUUUAUGCAAAUGAUUGUACAGUACUAAUUUUCUCCUAACACAUUUAUAAUAUAAAGUUUCUAGACAAAGUAAUAUGAUUCAAAGUAACACUUUCAGCUAGUUAAUAAUGCAUUAGAUCGUGUUGUAUAUUGUACAUAGAUUCUUUGACUUGGUCAUCACUGGAUUUGAUUGUUGUAAAUAUGCACAAAAAUACUGUUGAAGCAAUUUAAAGUUUGCUGAUUCUUGUCCUGAAGCCCACUUGAGGUUUUUGGUUUAGUUUAAUUUUUCGCUCAGACAGAUCAGUACUCGGAACAGGCAGAGAUAAUGCUCUUGUGCUAACCUGUUAACCAUGUUGAGCAUCUUGCCUAAUGUAAUCAGUCCUGCAUGGUUGGAUGCCUUUUUUAAAUAUUAGAUUAUAUCACUAACAACACUAUUUGACCCGGCCAGGAUUCGAACCAAUGCCCAUCAGGAUUCAAACCCAUACCGUCCAGGAUCACCCCUAAACGUACACAGUACUGUGACCACCGGUACGCGGAAGGCAUGGGUUUAAAUCCUGGCCGGGUCAAAUAGUUCCUAGUGAUCUAUGGCUUGCGCGUUCAUGCAGCUUUUAAACAUUAGAUUAUAUAUGUAUAUAUAUGUCAGAGCUCUUCAGAUAACUAAAUAAGAGACUCGUAGGAGUUGCCUUAGUGGUUUUGACAAUGAUCUGCUCAGGCAUUAUACUUGCAGGAUUGUACAGUAAAGUAUGCCUAGUUACUGCAUAAAACAACUGAACUUAAUAACCUGUGAAUUAUCUUCUACAUGUUUCCAGCAAUAACAUAUUAUAGAUACAUACAUUCAGAUGUACAUAUAUAGAUACAUAUAUAUACUCAUACAUAUAUACAUGCAUACAUACAUUCACUAUGUAGGUACAUGUAUGUACACACCACUAUGUAGGUGUAUGUAUAUAUACAGUACAUUCACUCACACUCACUCACACACUCGCACACAUAUACACACACCCGGGGCCAGGUAGCCUGAUGGAUAGCAUGCAGGACACGUAAUUCUCUGGCGUGGGUUCGAUUCCCGCACCAGGCAGAAACAAAUGGGCAAAGUUUCUUUCACCCUGAAUGCCCCUGUUACCUAGCAGUAAAUAGAUACCUGGGAGUUAGUCAGCUGUCACGGGCUGCUUCC